CUGCUGGAAACUGUCGCUCAGUCGCCACACCACCAACGACGCUGCGACCAGCUGAGGAACUUCACACCAGCCAGUGUUCAUCAUGAAUUCUUCAGCACCACCUCCUCCAACAUCAUCAUCAUCAUCAUCAUCACCGGCAUCAACAUCUACCUCAAUUAGAGCUGGGAAACAAACCCAGCUCAACUCCUCCUCAUCCUCUCACGCUCCUCCUCCUUUUACUCUGUCUCUCGGAAGUCCUGAGCUGCAAGCAGAGUUUCUAAGAGAGUGUCGGAACAAGUUUAAGACUCACAGCGAUGACAGUGAAUCCAGUGGGGUUUCCUCUACCACCUCCCCUGUGGCCUCCCCCUUCAGCCUAACUCCUUCCUCCUCCCCCUCCAGUUCUUCAUCCACCUCGCCGUCCCCUGGCUUCAAGGACAGACAAGCUCGUCUGUCACUGUCACUGUCCAGCCCCGAGCUCCUUUCUGAACUGAAGGAAUCCAAAAACCGCUCUCUCCGACACGUCCCCGCGCAAAAAGGAAUGACCACCGUUUUCUCAGGGCGAGGAAGAGGAUCAAGACAGGCUGCUGACUCCACUACACCCACCAAACCAGCCAAUCCGAGGGUUUCUCGCUGACUUCAUGAGCAACGUGUCAACCAGACGAUGAACUCUAAUUCUCCGUAUUAAUUAUUUAAAUACAG